CGCCCCGUGGCCCCACGAUGACCCACAGCCCCGCGUCAAGCGAGGACGAGGAACGCCACAGUGCCAGCGAGUGUCCCGAGGGGGGCUCAGAGUCCGACAGCUCCCCAGACGGGCCCGGGAGAGGCCCCCGGGGGACCCGGGGCCGGGGCAGCGGUGCAGCUGGUAGCCUGGCCUCCAUCCGAGGCCUCCAGGGCCGCUCCAUGUCCGUCCCAGACGACGCCCACUUCAGCAUGAUGGUUUUUAGGAUCGGCAUCCCUGACCUCCACCAGACAAAAUGCCUGCGCUUCAACCCGGAUGCCACCAUCUGGACCGCCAAGCAGCAGGUGCUCUGCGCCCUGAGCGAGAGCCUCCAGGACGUGCUCAACUAUGGCCUGUUCCAGCCAGCCACCUCGGGCCGGGACGCCAACUUCCUGGAGGAAGAGCGGCUGCUGCGGGAGUACCCCCAGUCCUUCGAGAAGGGGGUGCCCUACCUGGAGUUCCGAUACAAGACCCGUGUUUACAAGCAGACCAACCUGGAUGAGAAGCAGCUGGCCAAGUUGCACACGAAGACGGGGUUGAAGAAGUUCCUGGAGUACGUGCAGCUCGGGACAUCCGAUAAGGUGGCACGGCUGCUGGACAAGGGGCUGGACCCCAAUUAUCACGACUCGGAUUCAGGAGAGACCCCCCUGACGCUGGCUGCCCAGACCGAAGGCUCCGUAGAGGUGAUUCGAACCCUGUGCCUGGGCGGGGCACACAUCGACUUCCGGGCCCGGGAUGGCAUGACCGCGCUACACAAGGCUGCCUGUGCCCGCCACUGCCUCGCUCUGACGGCACUCCUGGAUCUUGGGGGCUCCCCCAACUACAAGGACCGCCGAGGGCUGACUCCCCUGUUCCACACGGCUAUGGUGGGGGGUGACCCCCGCUGCUGUGAGCUGCUCCUGUACAACAGGGCCCAGCUGGGCAUAGCUGAUGAGAACGGCUGGCAGGAGAUUCAUCAGGCCUGCCAGCGGGGUCAUUCUCAGCAUCUGGAACAUCUGCUUUUCUAUGGAGCUGAGCCUGGUGCCCAGAACGCCUCGGGGAACACGGCCCUGCACAUCUGUGCCCUCUACAAUAAGGAGACGUGUGCUAGGAUCCUUCUCUAUCGAGGGGCCAACAAGGAUGUCAAGAAUAACAGUGGACAGACCCCCUUCCAGGUGGCAGUGAUCGCUGGGAAUUUUGAACUUGGGGAGCUGAUCCGAAACCAUCGAGAACAGGACGUGGUGCCCUUCCAGGAGUCCCCCAAGUAUGCAGCCCGGCGCCGGGGACCCCCGGGCACAGGGCUGACGGUGCCCCCCGCGCUGCUGCGGGCCAACAGUGAUACCAGCAUGGCCCUGCCCGACUGGAUGGUGUUCGCCGCCCCAGGGACCUCGUCCACGGGGGCCCCCGGCCCCACCUCAGGGCCCCAGGGCCAGGCACAGCCCGCCGCCCCCAGUGCCAAGCUCAGCAGCGGGACCCUGCGGAGUGCCAGCAGCCCCCGGGGCGCCCGGGCCCGCUCCCCAUCCCGCGGGAGGCACCCCGAGGAGGCCAAGCGUCAGCCUCGUGGACGGCCCAGGAGCAGCAGCAGCGGAGCACUAGAACAGAGAGUGCUUAGCAUCGGGGAAGGAGGCUUCUGGGAAGGCCAGGUCAAAGGUCGCAUUGGCUGGUUCCCCUCUGACUGCCUGGAAGAGGUGGCCAACCGCUCCCAGGAAGCAAAGCAAGAAAGCCGAAGUGACAAGGCAAAGAGACUCUUCCGGCAUUAUACCGUGGGCUCCUACGACAGCUUUGAUGCCCCAAGCUUGAUGGAUGGGAUUGGCCCAGGGAGCGAUUACAUCAUCAAAGAGAAGACAGUUCUGCUGCAGAAGAAGGACAGUGAGGGGUUUGGGUUCGUGCUCCGGGGGGCCAAGGCGCAGACCCCCAUCGAGGAGUUCACCCCCACCCCAGCCUUCCCGGCACUGCAGUAUCUGGAGUCGGUGGACGAGGGCGGUGUGGCAUGGCGGGCUGGACUGCGAAUGGGAGACUUCCUCAUCGAGGUGAAUGGGCAGAACGUGGUGAAGGUCGGCCACCGGCAGGUGGUGAACAUGAUCCGCCAAGGGGGCAACACGCUGAUGGUCAAGGUGGUGAUGGUCACCAGGCACCCGGACAUGGAUGAAGCUGUUCAUAAGAAAGCGCCCCAGCAAGCUAAGCGGCUCCCGCCCCCAACCAUCUCCUUGCGUUCCAAGUCUAUGACUUCCGAGCUGGAGGAGAUGGAGUACGAGCAGCCGCCGCCGCCGGUGCCCAGCAUGGAGAAAAAGCGGACCGUGUAUCAGAUGGCUCUCAACAAACUGGAUGAAAUCUUGGCGGCAGCUCAGCAGACCAUCAGUGCAAGCGAGAGUCCUGGGCCUGGUGGCCUGGCUUCCCUGGGCAAACACCGACCCAAAGGCUUCUUUACCACUGAGUCAAGCUUUGAUCCCCACCACCGCUCCCAGCCAAGUUAUGAACGUCCUUCCUACCUGCCUCCUGGACCCGGGCUCAUGCUCCGGCAAAAAUCUAUUGGGGCUGCAGAAGACGAUAGACCCUACCUAGCACCCCCAGCCAUGAAGUUCAGCCGCAGUCUGUCUGUGCCUGGUUCGGAGGACAUCCCCCCGCCGCCCACCACGUCCCCACCAGAGCCCCCCUACAGCACACCUCCAGCCCCGUCCUCCUCACCUCACCCCCCGGAGAUGGAGACCGGCGGCUCCCCCGACGACCCCCCACCCCGCCUGGCUCUGGGGCCCCAGCCCAGCCUGCGAGGCUGGCGGGGCGGCGGGCCCAGCCCGACCCCGGGGGCCCUGUCCCCGUCGCACCACGGCAGCGGGGGCGGCGCGGGCGGCCCCUCCCAGGCCCCGGCGCUGCGCUACUUCCAGCUGCCUCCUCGGGCGGCCAGCGCGGCCAUGUACGUGCCCGCCCGUUCCGGCCGCGGGCGCAAGGGCCCGCUGGUCAAGCAGACCAAAGUCGUCGAAGGCGAGCCCCAGAAGGGCGGCGGCCUCACGCCCGCCCCCUCGCCCACGUCCCCGGCGUCCCCGCAGCCGCCGCCGCCGCCGCCGCCGGCCGCGGCCGCCCCGUCGGAAAAGAACUCCAUCCCCAUCCCCACCAUCAUCAUCAAGGCGCCGUCCACCAGUAGCAGCGGCCGCAGCAGCCAGGGGAGCAGCACCGAGGCGGAGCCCCCGAGUCAGCCCGAGGCCGCGGGCGGUGGCGGCGGCUCUUCCGCGCCCAGCCCCGCCCCGGCCGUGUCGCCCGUGCCGCCGUCCCCCUCGCCCGUGCCCACCCCCGCCUCACCCAGUGGCCCGGCCACCCUGGAUUUCACCAGCCAGUUCGGAGCGGCCCUGGUGGGGGCGGCUCGGAGGGAAGGGGGCUGGCAGAACGAAGCCCGCCGGCGAUCCACGCUCUUCCUCUCCACCGAUGCGGGCGACGAGGACGGCGGCGACAGCUCGCUGGGCCCAGGGGCGCCCCCGGGCCCCCGGCUGCGCCACUCCAAGUCAAUCGACGAAGGCAUGUUUUCGGCCGAGCCCUACCUCCGGCUGGAGUCGGCGGGCGCCAGCAGCGGCAGCGGCUACGCGGGCUACGCGGCCGGGGGCCGAGCCUACGGGGGCAGCAGCGCCUUUACCAGCUUCCUGCCGCCGCGACCCCUGGUCCACCCGCUGACCGGCAAGGCCCUGGACCCGGCCUCCCCGCUCGGGCUGGCCCUGGCCGCCCGGGAGCGGGCGCUGAAGGAGUCCUCGGAGGGCGGUGGGCCCCCCCAGCCCCCUCCAAGGCCCCCAUCGCCCCGCUACGAGGCCCCGCCGCCCACCCCACACCACCACUCGCCCCACGCCCACCACGAGCCAGUGCUGCGCCUCUGGGGAGCCUCGCCCCCGGACCCGGCCCGCCGGGAGCUGGGGUACCGGGCAGGGCUGGGCAGCCAGGAGAAGUCCCUUCCGGCCAGCCCUCCGGCGGCCCGACGCUCCUUGCUGCACCGCCUGCCUCCCACAGCUCCCGGGGUCGGGCCCCUCCUGCUGCAGCUGGGGCCCGAGCCCCCCGCCCCGCACCCCGGGGUGAGCAAGCCCUGGAGAUCCGGCGCCCCCCCGGAGGAGCCCGAGCGGCUGCCCCUCCACGUGCGGUUCCUGGAGAACUGCCAGCCCCGGGCCGGGGGGGCGGGUGGAAGGGGACCCCCCUCGGAAGACGGGCCGGGGGUCCCGCCGCCCAGUCCGCGCCGCUCGGCGCCGCCCUCGCCGACCUCCCCGCGGGGCAGUGAAGAGAACGGGCUCCCCCUGCUGGUCCUGCCACCGCCCGCCCCCUCAGUGGACGUGGAAGACGGCGAAUUCCUCUUUGUGGAACCGCUGCCCCCACCCCUCGAGUUUUCCAAUAGCUUCGAGAAGCCGGAGUCGCCCCUCACGCCCGGGCCUCCCCACCCGCUGCCACCCCCGGCCGUGGCAGCCGCCCCUCCCACCCUGGACUCAACCGCAUCCAGCCUGACUUCCUAUGACAGCGAGGUGGCAACGCUGACCCAGGGGGCCCCCACGGCUCCCGGGGACCCCCCUCCGCCAGGCCCUCCCGCCCCAGCCGCCCCGGCUCCCCCAGCCCCCCAACCUGGCCCAGACCCUCCGCCGGGCACGGAUUCUGGUAUUGAGGAGGUGGACAGUCGGAGCAGCAGCGACCACCCCCUGGAGACCAUCAGCAGCGCCUCCACGCUGAGCAGCCUGUCCGCUGAAGGCGGGGGCGGCGCAGGGGCUGGAACCGGGGGCGUCGGAGGCAGUGGCGGCGCCAGCGUGGCCGGUGGGCCGGAGCUCCUGGACACCUACGUGGCCUACUUGGACGGCCAGGCCUUCGGGGGCAGCGGCACUCCUGGCCCCCCGUACCCCCCGCAGCUCAUGACUCCCUCUAAGCUCCGGGGCCGGGCGCUUGGGGCCGGAGGAGGCCUGCGGCCGGGCCCCGGCGGGGGACUCCGAGACCCUGUCACUCCCACCAGCCCCACUGUCUCUGUGACGGGGGCGGGAACCGAUGGGCUGCUGGCCCUCAGCGGUUGCCCGGGAUCCUCGACGGCAGGCGUGGCUGGUGGCCCUGUAGCUGUAGAGCCGGAAGGUCCGCCAGUGCCCUUGCCGUCGGCCUCCUCCCUGCCUCGGAAGCUGCUGCCGUGGGAGGAGGGCCCGGGCCCGCCGCCGCCCCCGCUGCCGGGGCCCUUAGCCCAGCCUCAGGCCUCAGCCUUGGCCACUGUAAAAGCCAGCAUCAUCAGUGAACUCAGCUCCAAGCUUCAACAGUUUGGGGGCUCCUCGGCAGCUGGUGGCGCUCUGCCCUGGGCCCGGGGAGGCAGCGGGGGAAGCGGGGACAGCCACCACGGGGGAGCCAGCUACGUCCCGGAGCGGACUUCCUCCCUGCAGCGGCAGAGACUCUCCGAAGACUCCCAGUCCUCGAUCCUCUCCAAACCUGUGAGCAGCCUGUUUCAGAACUGGUCCAAACCACCUCUGCCACCACUCCCCACAGGAACCGCGGUGUCCCCUUCAGCCGCUGCAGCCCCGGGGGCCACCUCCCCAUCCGCUUCCUCCUCCUCCACGUCCGCCCGCCACCUCCAGGGCGUGGAGUUCGAGAUGCGCCCACCUUUGCUCCGCCGGGCCCCCAGCCCCUCGCUGCUGCCCGCCUCGGAGCACAAGGUCAGCCCUGCGCCCCGGCCCUCGUCCCUCCCUAUCCUGCCUUCCGGACCCCUCUACCCGGGCCUCUUUGACAUCCGCGGCUCCCCCACCGGAGGAGCAGGAGGCUCGGCCGACCCCUUCGCCCCCGUCUUUGUGGCGCCCCACCCCGGGAUGUCCGGGGGUCUCGGCGGGGCCUUGUCAGGGGCCUCCCGCUCCCUCUCACCGACCCGCCUGCUUUCCCUGCCCCCGGACAAGCCGUUCGGCGCUAAACCUCUGGGCUUCUGGACCAAGUUCGAUGUGGCUGACUGGCUAGAGUGGCUGGGCUUGGCCGAACACCGAGCCCGGUUCCUGGACCACGAGAUCGAUGGCUCCCACCUGCCCGCCUUGACCAAGGAGGACUACGUCGAUUUGGGGGUGACCAGGGUGGGACACCGCAUGAACAUCGACCGGGCUCUCAAGUUUUUCCUGGAGAGGUGAUGGCUGGCCUGGACGGACCAGCCCGUCCACAGAACCCUUGAGCCUGCUGGCCUCUUGACCUCUGACCGCCCCC